CAAUGGUGGGUUCCACAAGAGCUAGUACAGCAAAGGGCUAUUUUAAUCCAAUUAGAGAGAGAAGAAAUCUCCAUAUAGUAAAAUAUGCAGAAGUAAUGAAGUUUGUUUUUGAAGAAAAUACUCUACAGGAGGAGAAAAAGAGAGUCCAAGGUGUAAUUUUUAGACACAAUGGAGUCAAGAAAUAUGUGGAAGCUUCAAAGGAAGUUAUUAUUUCUGCUGGAGCCAUUAACACACCAAAAUUAUUAAUGCUCCCAGGAAUCAGACCUAAAAAUCAUCUUCGUGCCCUUGGCAUACCUGUAAUUGCCGAUUUGCCAGUAGGAAACAAUUUACAAGAUCAUUUGUGUGUACCUGUGUACAUGCAAGUGAACAAACAUGUUGGAAUAAGAGAUGAAGAAGUGUUUUCAAGAAAAGCAAUUGUGAGAUACACAAAGAAUAAGAAUGGGCCGCUGAUAACAAAUGGAUACAAAGCGAUAGUGUUCAUUAGCGUAUUCGAUUCUAAAUCUCUUCUGUCAAACAUUGAAUGGCAUCUCAUAUCUUUCAGGAUAUUUGUUGCUGAAAAUCCCGCCAAAAUCGAAGAAAAUGUUGUCACCCCUAUUGUAAAUAUCAACCCUUCCAGCUAAGGAACAAUCAGACUAAAUAUGCUUACACCAGAAGGUCCUCCUUUAAUUGAUACAAACUAUCUAGGAGCAGAUGUGGACAUGUUGAUUCUUAGAAGAGGAAUACAAUUUCUUCUCGACUUCUUUAGCACACCUACUUUGGCUUCUCUUGAACCUUAGAUUUAUUUCAAAGAAUUUGGCAACUGCAUCCAGUUCAAAUAUAUGACUGAUGAUUUAAUAGACUGUAUCAUUAGUCAGUACUCGGCAACUCUGUACCAUCCGGUUGGUACAACUAAAAUGGGUCCAAAAUCAGAUCCGACUUCAGUAGUCAGCCCUGAACUGAUAGUCCAUGGAUUUGAAAAUCUUUGAGUCAUCGAUGCUUCAAUAAUGCCAAAAAUCACAAGAGGAAAUGCAAAUGCACCAACAAUAAUGAUUGCAGAAAAAGGAGCUGAUAUUAUUAAAUUAAACUACCAAACAAAUACUAAUUAAAAGUCAGUUAAUGUUAAACGUAAAACCAAAAUAUGUUAUUAGUUUAAAAUUUUGUCAUAAUCAAAUGCAAGAAAAAAAAGAUAUAUUUUUACAUCAUUUGUAAAGUUGUCAAUUGCAUAAAAUGUAUUCAUCACAUGUUUAAAUGUAUAAUUACGUAACUCAGGGUGUGUUUAUUAAAG